UCGACGGAAAACACCGGCCGGUGUCACACUCGCAGUCCCGUGCCGGGUGUCGGAUGGUGUACGACGACCAAGUGUCCCAGAUAUUAGAUAUCAGAGAUUAUUUAACUGUAUGACGUUAAUUAUAUGAGAAACACAUAUAUUUCGUCGUCGAUAAUCUGUUUAUUUGUUUGUUUGUGAGCGUUUCCCAUCGAAAACCGGACGGUAAAUACACAGUGUUUGUGAUGCGACUGAGGUUUGCUGACAGAGAUGGCGCUUGUAUAAUUUAUUACACUCGUCUAGCUUAUACACUUUCCUAACACUAACGCUGCAUAUCAUUCCACUCGGCGGUAAUAACUGUGCAAUCAUGAUAAAGCCGUUUUUGAGACAUGUCCGUCGCUUUCCGUGGGUCACCAACGUCACGCUGUACGGCUGUCUGUUCGCCGGGGGGGACUUCGUCCACCAGUGUCUCUCGCGCAGGGAGAAGAUAGACUGGAGGCACACGCGCAACGUCGCCGUCAUUGCGUUCAGUUUCCAUGGUAACUUCAAUUUCUUCUGGAUGCGGUUCCUGGAGCGGAGGUUUCCCGGGAAUUCUGCCGGGAUGGUGAUGAGGAAGCUGAUCCUGGACCAGACCACAGCGGCACCUCUGGCUACGAGCGUCUUCUACACAGGUGUCAGCUUCUUGGAGGGUAAGGAGGACAUCACAGAAGACUGGAGAGAAAAAUUCCUCAAUACGUAUAAGACCGGGCUAAUGUUCUGGCCAUUUAUGCAGUUUCUGAACUUUGCCUUGGUGCCUCUGUACGUGCGGACCACCUUCACCGGCUGCUGUGCCUUCGUCUGGGCCACCUUCCUCUGCUUCUCACGCCAGAGCGGCGAUGGCACGGCCGGUGCUGCUCUGGCGUGGAUUUUCCCUCCUAAAGAGGAUGAAGCAGAAUCCACAAAGGAGAAAGCAGACUCUCCCAAAGAGGCAACAGUAGUAUCCAAACCUGCUCAGAAAUGAUGUGCGUAGAGUCUCUCUGUAAUGGAGGUGGAAAGCUGGUCCAGUGGACAGCGGUGCUGUCUGAGGUUGAUAUUGAGCCAUCACUGCCAGAGUUUCAAGUUCAAAGUCUCACCGGGGUGAUUGAACUAAAAAUGUGCAUCCUUGUGACACUGUACGGUGCUUUAAAAAACAUCAUCCAGCAAAUGGAAUGUGUAUACAUUAUAUUUUUAAUAUUCAUACAGAACAUCACCUCAGUGGGGAAAUGUAAUUCAGUCCCAAUUUUCUAUCUAGUGACAAACCAUGCUGUAUUUCUCAUCAGGUUCUGUUUUUUAUUUAUUUUUUAUAAAUGGACCCUGCUUAAUCAUGAUUGGGAUAAUUUAUGAGGACUUCUCUGUCCGGGAAAGAGUAAGGUUGAUGUUCCAGAGUCUUCUGCUUUACACUGGAAAUCUGGAAUGAGAGUGGGAAAUAAUUGUUUCCACAAUGUGGAGUGGCAGCUAACCUUUUAGCUCAGACUUUUCAUAACUUCAUAAAAUUGGACACAUUUUCUAAACAUCACAUUACUCUGUCACACUGCCUGUAUUAGCACAACUGCUUAGACUGCGACUGCAACAGAGUGCCUGAUCUCUAAGGACUGUCUACAGUGAUUACAAAAACGUGCCAAAUACACAGCUAUCAAUAAUCUAUACUAUAUUCUAUCUAGAGUGUUUGUUAUCAAUGUAUAUGCAGGUACACAAGGACCAUAACAAGUUGAACAGGGGGUGCAGUAUGAGUGCAUCAUUCAUACAACAACAUAACAAACACAUUAAAAACACUCAAAGAUAUCUAAAAAUGCUUUUUUGAGUUCCACAUUUCGAACCAUUAUCUCUUUACAUGUACUACUGAAGAUUACUCUGAACUUGUCUAACAAUGAUUGAUGAAAAUCUCAAACAUUUACUUGAAUGUGGAAAUGCUGCCUGCCUGUUGUCAGACUUUAUGUUAAUGUGAUACUGUUGAGUGCUCGUCUCUCUUUGCACCUUCCCUAAUUUUUCCAUACAGUUUGCUGUUCUAGUUAUUAGUUUUCUACAGACGUCAGUUUGACCUCCGUCAGAGAGUGCUGUAAUCAGCAGGGUUACGGAAAGAAUACUGUCCAGAUUCUCAUAAACUUGGUGGAUUGAUGAAGUGUGGGCCAAUUUUAGGGUUAGCAGACAUUCUUUUUCACUCACAUUAACAUUGUGAGGUAGGUCAACUGUAAUCAAACAUAGAUAGUGGUUGUGUUUGCAUAUCUGUACACCCUGAGUGCCCUCCUAGUUAUAAAUAGAAGAGUUCGUUUCAGUUCAAGAGCUGACUGUUAUUCCUAAAUAUAGAAUUUAAAAUGUUUAGGUCAAACUUCUCUCUUCCACCUCAGGCAGAUGAUCAAAAAGCUUUUUUAUUCACACUACUAAGAGAUCUCUCUGUUUUAUUUCUGAUGUAAUUGAGCCUAAAAUGUAGUUGUCAAUAGAGACCAUGUGUAAUUCUAUUAUUUGAUCUGUCAGAAUUAAAUUAUAUGAUACAUAACAUACAAAUUGUUUGAAUUGGGGUACAGAAAACCAAUGUCAACAUGAAUCCCUUUUUAUCAGACAUCUUUUAAAUUGCAUCCUUAAGUAUAUUAAAUUAAUAUUAGUGUAGUAUUGGAGUGUUUGUUUCUAAUUAUAGAUUAGAUGUGUUACAUUGGGUAAUAUUAUUAACUUAUUCAAAGAUCAGUUUGCUGCACACACAGUCUGAAAUGUCUGUCAGUGCUGCUGACUGUAUUGAAACAAAGAUUUGAUCACAUUUUGCACUAAUUGUGGUACAGGUAAAUCAUAUUUAUUGAAUAAAUUAA